AUGAUUGAUACAAUUCAUAAAAGACUUUUAGAUGAAACAAGUGAAAAAACACAGACAAAAAAACUCAAAUCUGAUAAUGACCUUAAACCUAUUUCUAAUGGUCUUACACGAGAAGAAAUUAUACAGAAAGGAAGAGCAAGUAUUUUAGAAAAAAUUAAUAAAAUGAAAAAAGCUCAAUGUAAGAAAAUACAUUCUGAUAAUCAAUCAUCUGAAAUUACAGCACAUACCAUAAAAUCAGACAUCCAAAGAAGAAUUAGAGAACACGAUUUAAUCAAUAAAUCUACAAUGAAACUACGUAUGCAGAUUAACGAAAUGGACGAUGACAAUGAAUUUCAAGGAAAGGGUGGUCUUUCUGUUGGAGUUCAUCCAUCUUUAUUAACAGAUACAUCUAAAACUGGAAGUGAUAAAAGGAAUAAAAUUCGCCCUAAAUUUGCUACAACAAUGGCAAAUCUCCGAUCAGCACCACCUCAACCACGACCUAAAAAACAAAUGGAAAUUUUGCGAAAUCCACCAGACGAUUUUAUGAAUAAAUAUAUGAAUAUUUAUUAUGAUCCUAGAAUGAAAACAAAAACUAAUUACAAUAUCCAUCGUUUUAGAAAUCAAAAAGCUCUUGUUUUUAAUGAACCUGGAAAAUACAUAGAACAAGCAAAUGCCCUUAAAGCUCAAGCUAGAUUAGAAGAAUUGAAAAAAAGAAUUGCAGAUAAUGCAAAAAAAGUUGGACUAGAAGAAGAACUAGAUAUUGAUAAAGCUCUUUAUAAAGAACCUCCGCCAGAUAUUGAAUGGUGGGAUGAAGGACUUGUAACAAACAAAUCAUACAACGAUCUUGAUAUUGGUCUUGCAAAAAUCGAUACCCCAGAUUCAAUUAUUUCUUUCUAUAUUCAACAUCCUAUACCAAUACCUCCUCCAUUCGAAAAAAAUCAGCCACCUCCAAAAGCACUCAUGUUAACAGAAAGAGAACGGCAAAAACUAAGACGGCAAAGAAGAGCGGAAGAUCUAAGAAUAAAACAAGAUAAACAAAGGUUAGGAUUAGAAGAACCAGAACCACCUAAAGUGAAACUAUCAAAUCUUAUGAAGGUAUUAACUAGCGAAGCUAUUAAAGAUCCAACAAGAAUUGAAGCAAUGGUACGACGUCAAGUUGCAGAAAGAAAAGAAAAACAUGAAAAAGAAAAUAGCAUCAGAAAGCUAACGCCUAAUCAAAAGCGCCAAAAACUAGAAAUGAAAAAAGCAGAGAAUGCAUCACGUGGAAUAUACUGUAAUGUUUUUAGAAUUGAAUAUUUGUCUCAUGGGCAACAUAGAUUUAAAAUCAACAAAAAUGCGGAACAACAUAGCCUUACAGGAGUAACAAUAUUACAUCCAAAAUUUAAUUUAGUUAUAGUUGAAGGUGGCUCGAAAGGUAUUAAACGUUUUAAAGAUUUAAUGCUUCGUCGUAUUGAUUGGACUAAUGAACCAAAUUUACCCACUAUAGUAUAUAAUAAUCAACUAAUUAAACAAGAUGAACAAACACCAGUAAAUUAUUCUAAAAAUAAAUGUGAACUAGUAUGGGAAGGAGAAUUACGUAAUAGAAACUUCCGAACUUGGAAAUUUAGAAACUGUUCUGAUGACAAAACAGUAAAAGAUAUCUUAGAAAAAGGAAAAGCCUACGAAUUUUGGAAUAUGGCUAAAUCUAUUAAAGAACAAGAUGAUUUUGCAUCAUAA